UCACCGUUAACAAACGAGGGUACCGGGCGUGUUGGGUGUCGUGUGCUAUCUAGUGAAGGCUUUAUCCCUCGAAACCUCUUCGUUAUAUUGAGUCGCAACCCACUGGCCCUGCUUUCUUCCCCUGUUCACACCUCCAUACUCUUCUCUGUUUCUUUUUACGGAUCCGGCGCCGGAAAACGAGAAGGCCGAAUAGGUUCUUUUGUUUUUUGUCUUUUGGUUUUUCGCUUGAGAAAACAAAAACUUAUAGAGGGAAAACGUCUGGAGUGGGAAAUAUGGUUGUCGAUGACUUGAUGGGUGAGAUCAUCAUCGUCGGCUCUGGAUGUUCUUCCUCUUCUCACUUCUCCGAUGCCUAUCCUAAAAGGGUUUUGAUGGAGGGGAGAUAUAGUGGGGAUUAAUAUGAAGGUUUUCAUAAGGCUGUUCUCUUGAAUUGUUUUUGCGAUGCCAACAUUGAACCGACCAGCGAUACAACUCAUCAGCGAGAUGAGGUAGUAUGGGCGAUUCCCGUCUCACGUCUUUGUCUAUGGAGAAUCAUCACCCUUCCACGCUCUUAUCCAUGGAUUCAAGUGCUUCUUCCCACGAGGAACUCGAUUUGGAGAUGAAUCGCCAGAUCAUACUUUCAGGCCCGCCAGAUAUCAACUUGCCCCUUUCAGCGGAACGCAGUCCUCCCCCGCAGCCAUGGAAUUCUGAUGCUUGUGAUAUUUUGGAUGUUGGUCUUGGCACUCAAGUUUAUGAGACUGAGAGUUUCCUCAACAUACCCAAAAGUGGAAGGAAAUUCGCCAAGCGCGUUGAUAGCAUUUGGGGUGCUUGGUUCUUCUUCAGUUUUUACUUCAAGCCUGCGUUAAAUGACAAGUCUAAGGCCAAGAUUAUCAGGGACGGCAAUGGUGUUUCAGGGUUUGACAAAUCAGAUCUCAAGCUUGAUAUUUUCAUGGUUCAACAUGACAUGGAAAACAUGUACAUGUGGGUUUUCAAGGAGAGGCCUGAGAAUGCACUGGGUAAGAUGCAGCUGAGGAGUUACAUGAAUGGUCAUUCUCGCCAAGGGGAGCGUCCGUUUCCAUUUAGUGUUGACAAGGGUUUUGUUCGAUCCCACCGGAUGCAACGGAAACAUUACAGGGGACUCUCAAACCCCCAGUGUCUGCAUGGCAUUGAAGUUGUUCCAUCCCCCAAUCUCAUGGGUCUUGAUGAGGAUGAUCGGAAAAGGUGGAUGGAACUCACUGGCAGGGACUUGAAUUUCACCAUCCCUCUUGAAGCAAGUGAUUUCAGUACGUGGAGAAAUCUUCCCAACACGGAUUUUGAGCUUGAGAGACCACCUCCCUCAGUCAAGAAUGCUCCAAAUGCACACUCAAAGAAACUGCUGAACGGAUCUGGGCUGAAUUUGUCAACUCAUCCAUCUAACCACAGUAACGGUGAUGCGAUGGACCUGACUACUGUCGGAAACAAGAGGAGGAAGGACUUUUUCCAUCAUGGAAACGAAGAGGAAUGUUACUUGGCUGUGAAUCCUCCAGCAGAUCGGAUUCCGGACAUGGAAAUGCAUCCUAGUGAGCCACACUGGCUGAAUGACUUUAGCGGGGUGAUGAAGAAUGUUUAUGGACCUGUAACAGCUGCAAAAACGAUCUACGAGGAUGAAGAAAGCUACUUGAUCAUUAUCAGCUUGCCCUUCGUGGAUCUUGGGAGCGUGAAAGUCUCCUGGAGAAACACUCUCACUCGAGGGAUCAUAAAGGUGUCCUGCGUGAGCACGUCUGGAAAACCAUUUAUCAAGAGACAAGAUAGAACGUUCAAGCUGUCGGACCCAUCCUGUGAGCACUGCCCUCCAGGAGAGUUUGUGAGAGAAAUCGCACUGUCGACCAGAAUUCCGGAAGAUGCAAACAUAGAGGCAUACUAUGACGGGCCGGGGUCGGUGCUGGAGAUUAUGGUGCCAAAACUGAGCGCAGAACCUCAAGAGCACGAAGUGCGUGUUUGUCUUCGUCCUCAUCUAGGUGGGAAUGAUCUGAAGCUGACUUGAGAUAUUCAGAUCAGAGACUAGGCACUUCGGGAAAACAUUGUUAGGGUUGUCAGUUGCUAGAACGGUCCUUGUUUCAUCGUUGUCCUGCUAACUUUUGUCAUGUGAAAUCUAUAAACAUUUUCUCUGUAUUAAUUACGUUAAGGUUGGGGCAUUUUAUGAAA